GAUAAACACUUAAGCAGCUACAGAGUAGACUUACAAGUGAACGAAGUGAAGAACACUUUUAGUUUUAAAAAAAUUUACUCUAAUAGUCAUAGAUUUAAUAUUCAAUCUGUGCACAAUUUUAAGUGAAAUCUCUUCUUCCAAGACAACCACCAUGAAUUCAUUAGUGCAAUUUGUUCUCCUGGCCACUUUGGUAUUCAGCGAUACAGUCUUGACUUCACCAGUUAUGAAUAUCGGCAAAGAGAGUAAUGCAUUAGAAUCGUCUCUAGAGCUACCAAACCAGAAAAAUGACAUGGGUGUUAAUGUAACUGCAGAAGAUAGCAACCCCUUUCUUAGAGCUAAAAGGCAAGUUAACAGCACCUGUGCAGUUCCUCCAAACUGGCCAAAGCUCAUCACAGAUUUGAACAGUUUCAUCAACUCUACAACAUCCAUGGCGUUAUUUCCUCAGCAACCAAACUACGUUGCCCCGCCCACUGACCAGCCGACCACUUGCCCUACUCAGACCGGAAGCUGGUGGCCAGGGAAGACGGAAAACCUGAGGUCCACUUGUCCCUGGAUCUACAAAACCACUGACCUUGGUGAAUUAUACUACCCCAGAUACGUUUCAGAAGCCAGCUGCCUCUGCACCACAGCAUGCGUAAACUCCAACGUAAUGGGAUGCCUGAGCUUAAGACAGGAAAUCACUGUCUUAAAAAAGGGCGCCUGCAAGGACGGACUGGCAGCUAUGACUCAAGUUAAAUGGAGCGUGGUGGUUGGAUGCUACUGCGCAUCCCCUGCUGCGCAGGCCGCCCCAGUUGCUGGACCACCUUCUUCAGAUUAACUCUGGACACAUUACUUCAAGAAGCAGCACUGUCUAAAUGACUAAAUGAACUCAAAUAGUGAUUCGUUACAUAAGAGCAUUAUUUGAAUACCUUAGGAACUGCCUGCUUCCAGUGAGACUUCAAAAACCACAGCAUGUAAUGCUGUUUAUCAAAGUAGAUCAUAUUGAUCAAACUGUAAAUAUAACUUUUUUUUAAAAUUAUUUAUUUAUAAUUAUAUUUAAUUGAAUGUAUGCAUUUUAAAAUAUUUUUAUUUUACCCAAACAUUCCAAUAUAUUUAUUUUAACUUUCAUUAUUAACUAUUUUAUAUUUAUUAAAUUAUUGUAUUUUAAAAUAACAUAAUAUGUAAUUAUGUUAAAUGGUGCUAUACAAUAUUGCAUUUUAUUCAGAUUUUCAGUUCAUUGUAUGGAGUGUCGUUGUUUUUUUUUUUUUUCAGUACUGUAGAAUUACUUACAGAUUUAAAAAUGUUAAAGUCAGAAAAGAAUAUUUUAUUAAAUACUACAUUGUACUAUUGUCUUAGUCAAACUUCUAUCAUUUACGGCCUCAAACUCAGGAGGAAUUAGGCUGAAGUUCUUUGGACUAGAUUUUGUUCAUGUUAGUUAUAGGUUAAGAUCGUGGUUAUGUAGGUCAACCAUGUUCACAUUGUCACUUGGUCAGACUUAUUCACUGCCUGUGAUAGAGAACCGCAAAGUGCAAUGGCCCUCCCCCUCCCCCCUAUCAUGGAUUGUAAGAUUGCAAUAUUUAUAUGUGAAUUUGUUUAUUAUUUUUUGUAUUAGCGAUUGUAUGUGAUACUCAGUACACUUGUAUAUCCAUAAACAUAGACAUGACACUAAAGACAUAGCUUUCCCACACACACAUAUACUCCAGAACUGAUUGCCCUGUUCAUGUUUUCCCGCCACGCUUUAAAUCUCUCCCCCCCCCCAACUGACGUCAGCAGUCUUCAUCCCCACCCCCUAAUAAACGAGACAGAGCCAGUAGUAUUGAUCAAACAAAUAUAUGUCUAGGUAUUUUCUUGGCGUGUUAGUCAGUGACUAAAAUAUGGAAGGAAGGAAAGAAAAAAACCCAACAAGAAAUAGUCAGUCGUGACUGCCGUCAUAGUUGAAGGGAAAUCCUUGAGUCAGGGACUUUUGAAGUGGUUUAAAAACAACAUAGAGUUGCAUCAAAUGAAAGAAUGUGUUUGAUAACAAACCUUCAGGCUAAGACAAGAAACCCCCCCAAUCUACUUUGUAUCUUUGUACAUAGUACAGAAUGUAGACAGAGAAAUAUAUUAUUUAUAUUUUUAAUAUUGCAAAAUGUAAAUCUUUAUUAACUCUUGUUACAGUAACAUUGAAACAUCUAUUGUAAACCUAAACACAAACCCGCUACUUAAACACAUAGUUCAUUGUCACAUGCUUGAGGUCAAGUAAAAUGCAAAGGUCUAUGACUGAAUAUAUAGGUAUACUUAGUUCAUUAUCAUGUCUCAUGUUUCUUCAUUGCUGUACAUAUAUAACGAUGUGGUAGCAUUCACUAAUUUAAUUCUUGGCAUUUGAAACAGUAUUUAUAUUGCAAAUGUAACGCACUUUUUUUUUACAUGUUAUUAUAUAUAUAUAUAUAGUGCAUGGGCUUGCAGCUAUCAAUAAUAUUACGAAAUCCAAUCAAUCCAUACACAAUAUAAUAUGUUAUUAAUUUUCCUAAGAUUUAUUUAACUAAGAACAUUGUCGACUGAAGGUUGACUUCGAGCUUUUGAUGAAAUCCGUUGGUUCCAGUUGAUUGAAUCUCUAUAUUAUAUUAUUUUUAAGCUAACAUCAUGUACAGACUUUGUUUUACUAUCUGCUUCAUUGUUUUGUUUAGAUUUUCCAUUACUUUAUGUAUCUUCUUUCAAGAUUUAGCAUCUAUCCAUUAUAUGUAUUAUUUAUUUAUAUAUAAACUCAAUGCUCAUCUAUAUUUAUUUAUUUAUUUAUAUAUUUAUGUAUUUUUUAUAACAAUUUAACUGCGUUGUGAACGUGAGCAUCCAUUUAGUAUUUAUCUUAAUUUAUGCAAAUUAGUCUUAAUACAUUUGUGGUUGAGCUAUUGCUUACCAAAGUCAAGACAUACCAUGCCAAUAAAUUGAAAAGAUUUUUU